GGUGGAGUUUGCGUAAGCGCAAGCGCGGUCGCGCCGGGAUUUUCGUCGUCGUCGUCGUGGCGGUUGUUUUGGGGUUUGUCCGAAUUGCUAACCCCCGGAGCGCUGGGUCAGCAUCAUUGGUGACUGAUUGGGAAGGCGCGAGAGGAGUGUUUUUCGCUGCACUGAGGCGAGGCGUCGCUCCGGGUGCCCAGGCCCAGCCCAAAAUAGAGACCCAAUCUCUGGCCCCGCUCGGCCCGUAGAGUCCGAUGGCUGCCGCCGAGCUGACGGCCCCGGCCCUGGUUCUCUGGGUUGUGGUGGUCCUGGACUCUCAAGUGGCAUUCUCCCAGUCCUUAGUUCUGAAGACUGUGGGUGAACCCCAAGCCCGGGGUAGAGUUGUUCCAAUUUCUGGCAGCCAGCAUGAACAGGUGUGGAAGAUUGUUCCAGAAAGGUACAAGAUGUGCAAAUGCUUCGGUGUAAUACGAAGGGUAUUGUGACCUUUGAGGACGUGGCUGUGUACUUCUCCUGGAAGGAAUGGAGUCUCCUUGAUGAGGCUCAGAAAUGCCUGUACCACGAUGUGAUGCUGGAGAACUUGACACUUACAACCUCCCUGGGUGGUUGUGGAACAGAGGAUGAGGAGGCACCUUAUCAGCAGAGCACUUCUCCACAGCGGGGGUCACAGGUUAGGAUUCCUAAGGCCCUUCCUUCUCCCCAGAAGACCAACUCCUGUGAGAUAUGUGGCCCAGUCUUGAGAGAGAUUUUGCACUUGGUUGAGUACCAGGGAACACACCAUGGUCAGAAACUGUACACAGAUGGGGCAUGCAGGAAACAAUUACAAUUUACUGCAUACCUUCAUCAGCACCAGAAGGAGCAUGUUGGACAGAAACACUUCAGAAGCAAUGUGGGCAGAGACAUGUUUUUGAACAGCUGCACAUUUCAAGUAUCUGGGAAGCCCUUCACUUGCAAGGAAGUUGGGAAGGAUUUCCUGAUGAGAUCAAGAUUUCUCCAGCAACAGGCUACUCACACCAGAAAGAAGUCAAACAGAACCAACAGUGCAGUCGCUUUUCACAGUGUAAAAAAUCAUAAAAACUGGGGAGAACGUAUGAAAGCUUUCAGCUACAAACAUGUACUUAUUCAGCACCAGGGAGACCUCAGUAGGGAAAGAUGUUACAUGUGCAGUGAAUGUGGGAAAUCUUUUAGCACAAGCUGUGGCCUCAGUGAUCAUUUGAGAGUUCACACAGAAAACCCUUAUACAUGUGAGGAAUGUGGGAAAUCCUAUAGGCAAAGCUCUAGCCUUAUUACACACCGAAGAGUUCACACUGGAGUAAGACCUCAUCAAUGUGAUGAAUGUGGAAAAUUAUUUAGAAGGAAGUAUGACCUUAUUAUACAUCAGAGAGUUCAUACUGGAGAAAGGCCUUACAAGUGCAGUGAAUGUGGGAAAUCCUUUAGCCAUAGCUCUAGCCUCAUUACACAUCAGAGAAUUCAUACUGGAACGAGGCCUUAUGAGUGCAGUGAGUGUGGCAAAUCCUUUAUCCAUAGUUCUAGCCUUAUUACUCACCAGAGAGUUCACACUGGUAAAAGGCCUUAUAUGUGCAGUGAAUGUGGGAAAUCCUUUAGCCAAAGUUGUCAUCUCAUUAAACACCGGAGACUUCACAUUGGAGAAGGGCCUUAUGAGUGUAGUGAAUGUGGGAAAUUGUUUACUUACAGAUCUCGUUUCUUCCAACACCAGAGAGUUCAUACUGGAGUAAGAUCUCAUGAAUGUCAUGAAUGUGGAAAAUUAUUUAGCAGGAAAUUUGACCUCAUUGUUCAUCAGAGAGUUCACACAGGCGAAAGGCCAUAUGAGUGCAGUGAAUGUGGAAAAUCCUUUACCUGUAAAUCCUAUCUCAUUGCACAUUGGAAAGUUCACACUGGGUCAAGGCCUUAUGAAUGUGGGGAAUGUGGGAAAUCAUUUACCCAUAGCUCUACACUCUUUCAACACCAGAGAGUUCACACUGGAGAAAGGCCUUACGAGUGCAAGGAAUGUGGGAAAUUUUUUAGCCAGAGCUCCAGCCUCAUUAGACAUAGGAGAAAUCACACCGGAGAAAAGCCUUAUGAGUGCAGUGAGUGUCAGAAAUCCUUUAGUAACCGCUCUAGCCUUGUUAAACACCAAAGAAUUCACACUGGAGAAAGGCCUUAUGAAUGUGGUGAAUGUGGAAAAUCCUUUAGCCAGAGCUCUAACCUCAGCAAUCACCAGCGAGUUCACAGUGGGGAAAGGCCUUAUGAGUGUAGUGACUGUGGAAAAUCUUUUACCUUCAACUCCAAUCUCCUAAAACACCAGAAUGUUCACAAGGGAUAAAGGUUAGGUAACACACGGAGGGCCGUCAGGGACGGAGAAGCGUCCCUGCAAAAUUCAUAGACAAAGAUUAAAUAAAUAAAUGUAUGAAUUUUCAAUAACCAUGCUUUAUAUUUAGUAUAUGUUCUCUGAAUUUUGUUUUAUACAAAUACAUUUAUAUGUGUACUUUGUCUCUCUUAUAUACACACAUAAAAAUAAAUGGUUUCUUUUUAAAACA